AUGGCGGGGGAGGCUUGUUCCAGCAGGCUCACCAUCUCCCUCCUUCAAGUCCUCGUCUUCCUCAUCGCUAGAGUAUGGGCUCAGCCGCCGCAGGUCCCGCCGGAGGCGAUCAGCCGGAGCCCCUGCAACACGGUCUCCGCCCUCUUCGUCUUCGGGGACUCGACGGUGGACGCCGGGAACAACAACUACCUGGCGACGGCCCUGAAGAGCAAUUUUCCGCCGUACGGGCGAGAUUUCCUGGGCCACCUGCCGACGGGAAGGUUCACCAACGGCAGGCUGGCGACGGAUUUCGUCGGUGAGUUCCGCUGCUGCACCGGCUCUUUCGACCCUCCACCCUCAGGUGAGGCUAAGACGUUUGCUCUGUGUUCCCCUAGCUUCGUAUCUGGGCAUCAAAGAUAUGGUGCCGCCGUACCUUGACUGGACGCUCCCCGCAGAGGAGCUGAAGACUGGCGUUAGCUUUGCCUCCGCAGGAUCCGGGUUCGAUAUUCUCACGGCUCAGAUGAGUGUAGCCACUUCCUCCCCUCCUCCUGUGUUGGGCGCUCGAACUUUUUCUCCGUCGUUUUCCUGAUUGCAGAGUUCUUGGGUUGUGAACCGUGUUUGGAUGACAGGGGGUGAUCCCGGUGCUCCACCAGCUGGACUAUUUCAAAGACUACUUGCUCAAGCUCGAUCUCCUCGUCGGGAGGAGGAGGAGCGAAGAUCUCAUAAAGCGGGCCGUGUUUGUCGUCAGCGCCGGGACGAACGACUUCGUCGUGAAUUACCUCACGAUCCCCCUCAGGCAACAGAAGUUCAGCCUCGUGGACUACCAGGCCUUCCUGCUCCAUAACGUCAGGGUGUUCAUCGAGGUUCCCUGGUGCAAAAUGAGGAGCGAAUAAUUUAUCUUCUUUCAAACUUAUCUGGAUCCUUCAUGCCCAUUAACUCCAACCAACUCUCUCUCGCUGACUUAACAGGCUCUGAUAGAACUGGGGGCGCAGAAGAUCAUCAUGGUGGGCUUGCCUCCAAUGGGCUGUCUGCCGAUUGUCAUCACCCUCAAGUGGAAAGGCGUCUUCCACGACCGGGGUUGCGUCGAGGCCUACAACUCCAUCUCCAUGGAUUACAACGAGAAGCUUCAGAGUGUGCUGCGGUAUCUCCAGAGCCGAUUCUCCGCCGACGGGGGAGAAAUCAUCUACGCGGACAUCUACACCCCGGUCCUGGACAUGGUCACGUCGCCGUCCAAGUUCGGUGAGUUCAUCCUCCCAAAACCCUUUCUGACAACGAGGAAGCCUAUCCACCUGACUAAGGUGGCGCUUUGCCACCAGGUUUCACGGAGGCGAUGAGCGGGUGCUGCGGGACGGGGCUGGUGGAAGCGGCGAUCUUGUGUAACCUCAAGUCCGUGGUCUGUGAGGACGCGUCCAGGUACGUCUUCUGGGACUCCAUCCACCCCACCGAGAAGUGCUACUUCAUCGCUUUCAAUAGCAUGCGGCACCUGAUCGAUCGCGUUUGUUGA